AUGAAUGUAUCUGAUAGUCACUCUGGCGACCCCCUUUUCGCGCCUCGACCUCAGCCAAUUCCUUUCAAAAUAGAAGAAAACGCGGGCCUUAUAAUCUGGGGCCUGAUAAACGCGACCCUCGGCAUAUACACAUCUUUCACUCUACUCGAUUGUUUCAGUCGUCACCGAGUGUUCAUCCUUCGUAGAUGUACAGUCCUUGCUGCAGCUGCGCUUUCAUUGACGCUGGGAUGCUGGGCUUGCCAACUAUCUUGCUCUCGGGUCCAUCUUGUGUCACUCGGCGAUCAGCAAGCGGUUAUUAGAUUCGAGCCCGGUUUCAUCGCCUUGUCUUUCUUUGUUCCGAUUGUUCUCAUUUUUGGUGCCAUCACAAUUUUGGAUGCCCAGUUACCGCGCAAUCAAACUCAUAAAGCAUUUAUUUGGAGUUACUCUGUAUGCGGCCUGCUGGUCGGACUUUCUGUGGGAUUCAUGCACUAUGCACCUUUCUUUUUAUUACCGUCGCUCACUGCACGCGUUGCUCCUGGCCAAGCCCUUCUCGUCAUAUUCAUAAACAUGUCGUGCUCCCUCUUCUCCUUUCUUGCCUUCAAGUUCUUUACAGACAAGCACCUCCAGUCCAAAAAGUAUAGAGUCAUCGCCCGUGCAGUAAUACCAAUUGUUUUCGGAUCAUCUGUGAUUGGUGCAGGCGUGCUCGCUCUUUCAGGAAUGAAAUUCGAACUCAAGAACUCGCAUGCUAUUGAUUUGAAUAAUAGUGGCGGUAAAAUUCACAGGGAUGUGCUUACCUUAGUCAUUCCUGCAGUUAUUUCUGCGGGCCUCAUAUGUGUAACUACCCUUCUCAUCUUCUCCAACAGUCCCGAGAACGGAAGCACGCGAUUCUCUGCUCCUCAGCUUAGCAUCGCGAGUAUUGCCAUCGCUUCUGACGGACGUGUUCUUGUUAAUGAAAAUGGGGUCCUUCCCACACAGCGCGUCAACCUUCAAGGCCUACCAGAGGGCAUUCUGGAUGAAUUGGACAUUCGCAGCCCAACGUUUCACUGGCUGCUUGCAAUUUCCCUCGACUGGUCGAUCACCUCACCUUUCUUGCAACGCAUCACAGCCAUCUCGACUUCUUUUGAUAAACGACCGUGUAUUUGGGAUGCUCUGUUCCGUUGCUUCCCUUUGACUACCCUUCUCAGCUUCUUUAAUGCCAAUGCCAAUAGGCAACCAGGUGAUGCUGUGUCCGCAGUGGCCCAAUUUAAGAUGCGUCUACUUGAGGCCGCUGCUCAGCUAGCUACGCAGCUCGAUUUACCGCUCGAGAAGCUGGGCACACUGCAUUAUCAGGCGCUUGAGACUGGGACGCAUAUAGAUAUCAGGGAAUUCCUCAUGCUUGCUGAAGAUGCAGAUUCGCGGGCCCGGGAUGCGGAACGAGUAUUAAAUACCAGUACCAGUGACGACAGGGGACUGAUGCUGUUCCUCGUCCGUACGCUGGCACAAGCACCACAAGGAACGGCUAUACCUUCUGCCCAUUAUAACGAGGGAGCUCACGAGCAGGAUACCGCGGAAGUUCUCGGCACGGAACACGACUGGAGACGACGAUACGGCUCUCGCGGUUUCAAGAUGCGCUUCAUGGGUCGGUUCCGAGAUGUGCUAGCCGAGACCGCAGGCGCAUCCCCGGCUGAUGUUGAUAGGGUGCUGUAUGGAUGCAAAGACACUGCUUCCAGAGGUACACGAUCCGUACUUGAGGCCGGAUGCACAUACGUCUCCUUGUUUGCGGAGCGAGUUUCGUGCGAUGGGUCGUCCGAAGUACUCGUCUAUGAAUUUGCGAAACAUCAGCUCCCUUCAUACAAGCUCUGCUUGCCUGCCUUCACUACAGAAAUGCGUAACUGGAUAUAUAGCAUGUCCGGUUUCACGGUGGAAGACAUCAUCCAGAUCUGCGACGACGAUGUUAGGCAAGGCCGACUGCAUUUUCCAUACUCUUCCCGCCACUCUAAGGGAUACACUACUGAACAAGAGGAGGAAAUUCGACAGACUGCACUCCUUCACUUCAAGAAGGCGCUAUCCAACGCUCUGGUGCAGUUUAUGCGUAACAUGUCCUUUGUUUGUGAAAGCCUCGAGACUACGACGUAUCUCACGUCUAAAAUCUUAGACGUUCCCUCUGUCGCCUCAACCCCCGACGGACCUCCUGCGCCAGCGCAUAUGAUCGUCUUUCAUGCACAACACCCUGAUCCGUCCGACAUUGAGCUGUUCGAGGAUGACUCAGAUUUCACGCAUGUUUCCUUGUCAAGUGCAGCACAUAACUCCCACACGCCAAUGCCCUCUGCCUUUGAAUAUACACCGCGUGCACUAUUCGACGUCGCGCACGCACUGGCUAUCUCUCCUUCCUCCCGUGCAGCCUUUCGCGAAGAAGCAACACAAGAACUUGAGCGUCUCUUCGACGCAGGUGCGACUGCGCGCGCGCAGCGCAUUGAUAUUCAAAUGAAUACGAGAAAGGCUGUUCCAGGGCGCCUAUCGCGUGCGCUCGUGUCAUCGUUUAGCAUUGAUACAGUAAGUGACGAAGGUAGGGGACGUCAGUCGCGAGCUGCACAGCGCGUACGAAAAGGCUGGGCGGCGGUGAAGACCCGGGCUCGGUCGCUCAGACUUCCGAGUCGUAGUCGUAGUCGUAAACACUCCCAGGCUCAGUCAUCACCACAAUCCAAUUCAAUACCAUUGGAGCAUAACCAUUCGGCCUCACGUACGCGACUAAUUUCGCGUUCUCAUUCUGCUUCGGUGUCGACAGUGACGACGAGUACCGGGAAGUCCUCUGCAUCUUUCACCAGGCCGGUUGAGCCGGUUGAGCCGGUUCCAACGAUGCACUCUCAUGCCCGAUCAACAGUUGACGUUAACAAUUCCUUAUAUCUGAAUCGCUGCUCAGCGCUAGCGGGUGGCUAUCCCGAUGCUGCAAAUUCCAUCGGACGUUCCUGGGGACGGUCGGCGGGUCGGAUGACGGGAUCAGGACGGGAUACGUCUUUACUCCCUCCACCCCCUUCGUUCCGCCCACCCGGUCGACAUACUAGUGCCCGCGUGGCGUCGAAGAGCGUACCUGACUUUGCUACUACGAAUGAUAGUGGGUUCUUUUAGUUGAGCUGGUGUCUCGUUCAUUCAUUCUUUUUGUCCGAUCGUUCGUGGCGGCGGUGCGAUACCUUCGUAUUUCCAACCCGUUCCCUUUGGCUGUCGCUUGUUUGUUCUCUUACACCUUGUUCGUUCCUUACUUUUCACUUUCUC